AUGGCAAUGGUCUCUGCGAUGUCCUGGGUCCUGUACUUGUGGAUAAGUGCUUGUGCCAUGCUGCUCUGCCAUGGAUCCCUCCAGCACACCUUCCAGCAGCAUCACCUGCACAGACCAGAAGGAGGGACCUGUGAAGUGAUUGCAGCCCACAGGUGUUGUAACAAGAACCGUAUAGAGGAGCGAUCGCAAACAGUGAAGUGUUCCUGUCUACCUGGGAAAGUGGCCGGGACAACAAGAAACCGACCUUCCUGCGUGGAUGCCUCCAUAGUCAUUGGGAAAUGGUGGUGUGAGAUGGAGCCCUGCCUAGAAGGAGAAGAAUGUAAGACACUCCCUGACAAUUCUGGAUGGAUGUGUGCCACAGGCAACAAAAUUAAGACCACAAGAAUUCACCCAAGAACCUAA